AUGGCUGUUACUGUUCUUCGCACUAUAUCUACUUCAUUGCAAGUUCUAAACCCGUUUCACGCUCCCAAUUUGCUUUCUAAGAACAAAAAGGGUUUCUUCUGCAAAAUGUCGACCGAGUCACCGUCAUUGACUCACUCUAUCACACUGCCGAGUAAACAGUCCGAACCCGUUCAAAUUCUCGCCGCUCCCGGUGUAUCCUCUUCCGAAUUCUGGAGUGCUAUUGAUUCCUCUUUAUUCAAGCAUUGGUUGCAUAACUUGCAAACAGAGAAUGGUAUUCUAGCAAAUGGUAAAAUGACUCUCAAUCACAUUCUAAUUCAGGGAGUAGACAUGUUUGGGAAGCGCAUUGGGUUUCUUAAGUUCAAAGCUGAGAUUUUUGACAAAGAAACAGGGAAUAAGUCUUUAGGAUUCCCAUGUUUGGUGCAACCAGGAAUAUCUGUCGCCUUCUUGUUGAUCUUAGAAAUUUUAAAUGUCCAACAAAGAGGGUAUAAUAUGAUGGGACAUGUGAUUUCCAUAUGGUUGAAUUUAAAUUGUGAUCAGGUUCCAGGUAUUGUAUUUGCAAGAGGACCAGCUGUGGCUAUGCUGAUACUUUUGGAAUCAGAGGGUGAGAUUUAUGUUGUUCUCACAGAACAGGCAAGAGUUCCCGUGGGAAGAAUUAUUUUGGAAUUGCCCGCUGGAAUGUUGGACGAUGACAAGGGUGAUAUUGUAGGCACAGCAGUUCGGGAGGUUGAAGAAGAGACAGGCAUCAAAUUGAAUGUAGAAGACAUGGUUGACCUCACUGCUUUCCUGGACUCUUCAACUGGACGCACAGUUUUCCCAUCUCCUGGAGGAUGUGACGAAGAUAUCAGUAUCUUUCUGUGCAGAAAGCAUGUUGAUAAAGAGGUUAUCAUGCAUCUACAGGGUAAAGAGACUGGCCUCCGCGAACAUGGGGAACUGAUUAAGGUGCGUGUGGUACCAUACAAGAAUCUUUGGCGCGCUACAGCAGAUUGCAAGGUUCUGGCGGCUGUUGCACUGUUAGAAAUGGCAAAGAAAGAAGGGUUAUUGCCUUCUUUGGCAACCUAA